CACAGGAUUUUUGACUACUCUGCAGAUCAUGGCUGACUUUGACCUUAUUCUGAAGCACUGGGGUCCAGUGGAGGCGGACUACAAUGGCAUUGGCGGCCUGGUUCUGACCCGUUUAUUCCUGGAGUACCCUGAAACCCAGAAGCUGUUCCCCAAGUUUGCCGGCAUUGCCAAGGGUGACCUGGCUGGUAACGCAGGUAUUUCUGCCCACGGUGCCACCGUGCUGAAGAAACUCGCCGAGCUGCUGAGGGCCAAAGGCAACCACGGUACCAUCCUCACGCCUCUGGCCAACAGCCAUGCCACAAAGCACAAGAUCCCCAUUAACAAUUUCAAGCUUAUUACAGAGAUCCUUGUUAAAGUCCUGGAGGAGAAGGCAGGACUCGAUGCAGCCGGGCAGCAAGCCUUCAGGAACGUGAUGGCUGUUGUCAUUGCCGAACUUGACAGCAAAUACAAAGAGCUGGGCUACGCUGGCUGAAGAUGAAAGUGGCACGAGUCUUGCCAGGGUCAGAUGACAGACUAGAAAACUUUCCACAUGCAAGUGCUUCUUUGAAAACUAAACAGUUAACCAUCUUUAAACCUACAUUAAGUAGUUUGCAUUGAAAGGAAAUCCACUAUAGAGGUAAAGAACAUAAUAAGCUUCACAAAUGAUUGUUUUAUUACAGCAUAACUGUACUUGAUUACGUUGGGUUGUAUAUGUUUUUCUGUCCACUCCUGUAACUACUCGGAAAUAAUCAUGUUCUUUGUUCAAGUUAAAAGUGAUUGAUCUUUUUCAGGAGUCUUGACUAAUGCCAUUCUGUAAACCUUUGUCACAUAUUACCAAUAAAAUUAAGUUACACACAA